CGUACCGUGCAGUUCGCGAAUCUUGCGCUGGAAAGAGAAAAGAAGAGCGAGUUGAGAGAACGAGAACGGUGGCGCUCACACAUUUCCCUGCUUCCGUUCUGCUGUUUCCCGUUUGGGGUGCAAAUUUUCUUCGCGUGAGUGCUUCAGCAGGGGGAGAGAUCAGGAUCAGCGGGAUACGAACCGGGAGUGCGUUCGUUCCUGUAGGAUGAUAUAAAAAGCACCGCUACCGGUCACGGAGGAUGCAGUCGUUUUCCACCGGUUAAGAAGCGCGGUCCAUCGUUCUUACAGUGGUAUUUUUUUUUGUGAGGAAAGAUCAUCCCUCAGACCAAGGGCGCCUAGCAAGGGAGCUGUUGAGGUGUUUGAGCGAAUCAAUCGAACCGACAUAAAGGUGUGUGCGGCGACAGUCCGAAGCAGAAUCGAGGUGUGUGCGCUAGUAGUGUACGACGAGUGAGCUCGUACAUCCCGGACCUUACAGUGAGCGUGGCGAAAGAAUGUGCGAAUCUUCAAUCUAAGCAAUCCGUGGGCUGCCCGCACACAACAGCUCCAACCUCCAGUCGGCAGUCGGCGUGUUUGGAAAGCCUCACCCACAAACGGUCUAACCGCUAGAUCAACACAACAGUGGGUGUUGUUGGUGUGUGUUUUUAAGUGUUUGUGCAUGAUUUGUGUGUGAUUUGUGUGUGUGUUUGGAUACACAUUUCGUGUGGGAAAAGAGUACGGGUUCGUGGAAAAAGUGACGAGCGCGUGUUCAAAGCCGUUCAAAGCUCGUAACUCCCAAAGCAAGAUCCGGGGUAGCUUCUGCUCACGCAAAGUAGUGCACUUGCCAGCAGGUUCGCUCAUCGCUGGCGCUGUUUGUACGCUGUGUGCACCCGCGUGUUGACACUCUGCACUAUUACGCGCUGAUUGAUGACUGUCAAUAUGUCACCGCUGGGUGGUGGUAGAUGGCGCUGUUUAGCGUCAUUACUGAUUUUCACGAUACUUGCGCGUAUCGUUCGUGCCGAGCAGGAAGUUAUCGUGGCGAUUGAUGAACCCGGCAAAACCCAAUACCAUGAGGCAAACUUUAACACCAGUUCAUACCAGUACGGGUACGAGGUGGGACCGAACGGACAGUUCCAUCACGAAACACGUGGCCCCGAUGGUGUCACUUACGGUUGCUACGGAUAUAUCGACCCGAAUGGACAGCUGCGCGUGACGCACUACGUGGCCGAUACGCACGGGUACCGGGUGGUAGAGCCGAACCGGCCGGUCGAAAUUUUUGUCGAUGCUCCUACACAGUACAGCAACUCCAUUGCGGAAGAGGAACCACAGGAGCGACGACGGGGUGAGCUACGGCCGUGGACGGAGCUGUACCUGCCGAAGGGAUGUGGCAUGUUUCCGGGUGGGAUGCGGCCGGACGGUGGCUCAGGUGGUGCUAGUCCACCGACGGCACCUUCAUACCCAAGCACCGGUGGAAGCGGCAGUACACAAGGAAAUAAACCAUCGAACCAGGGACAGGGGCAGGGCCAGGGACAAGGUCAGGGGCAAGGGCAAGGGCAAGGACAAGGGCAGGGGCAAGGGCAGGGGCAAGGGCAGGGUCAGGGCCAGGGACAGGGACACGGACAGGGACAGGGACAUGGACAGGGGCAAGGACAGGGACAGGGACAGGGACAGGGACAAUGGCAAGGACAAGGCCAAAAUCAAGGACAAGGACAAGGUCAGAAUCAAGGACAAUCACAAGGACAGGGCCAAGGGCAAGGUCAAAAUCAAGGACAGGGACAGUGGCAAGGACAAGGUCAAGGUCAAGGACAAGGUCAAGGACAAGGACAGGGACAGGGACAAGGACAUGGCCAGGGACAGGGGCAGGGCCAAUGGCAAGGGCAAGGACAAGGUCAAGAACAAGGGCAAGGUCAAGGUCAAGGUCAAGGUCAAGGUCAAGGUCAAGGACAAGGACAAGGACAAGGACAAGGACAAGGUCAAGGACAAGGACAAGGUCAAGGACAAGGUCAAGGACAAGGUCAGGGACAAGGUCAAGGACAAGGUCAAGGACAAGGUCAAGGACAAGGUCAAGGACAAGGUCAAGGACAAGGUCAAGGACAAGGACAUGGCCAAGGACAGGGACAAGGACAUGGUCAGGGACAGGGGCAGGGCCAAUGGCAAGGGCAAGGGCAAGGUCAGGGCCAAGGGCAGGGACAGGGUCAAGGGCAGGGACAGGGUCAAGGGCAGGGUCAGGGUCAAGGACAAUGGCAAGGACAAGGACAAGGUCAAGGACAAGGACAAGGACAGGGACAGGUACAAGGGCAGGGACAGGGACAAGGGCAAGGACAAGGACAAGGUCAAGGACAAGGGCAAGGACAAUGGCAAGGUCAAGGACAAGGGCAACGUCCGGGUCAAGGCCAAGCUCAAGGGCAAGGACAGGGUCAACAUCCAGGACAAGGGCAGGGUCAGGUACAAGGACAAGGACAAGGCCAGGGACAAGGUCAACGCCCUGGGCAAGGUCAAGCUCAAGGGCAAGGCCAGUGGCAAGGACAAGGGCAACGUCCAGGCCAAAGUCAAGGUCAGGGUCAAGUUCAAGGGCAAGGUCAGGGGCAGCGUCCUGGACAAAAUCAAGGACAAGUACAAGGUCAAGGACAAGGACAAGGCCAACGUCCAGGCCAAGGACAACAACAGCAACAAGGUCAAGGCCAACGUCCAGGCCAAGGCCAAGGACAACAACAGCAACAAGGUCAAGGCCAAGGACAGCAACAGCAGCAAGGUCAAGGACAACAACAGCAACAGCAAGGGCAGGGACAGGGACAGGGUCAACAACAACAGCAAGGCCAAGGGCAUGGACAACAAGGACAGCAUCAAGGGUCACAUCAGGGUCCGAUCAGUUCCGGCCAACAUCAGGGACAACAUCAGGGUAGCCAUCAAGGUAUUCACGGUGGAGAGCAUCAAGGACAACAUCAAGGGUCACAUCAGGGGCCAAUAAGCUCGGGACAGCAUCAGGGACAACACCAGGGAAGUCAUCAAGGCUCGAGCGGUGAACACCAAGGACAGCAUCAAGGUUCCCAUCAAGGUCCUAUUAGUUCCGGACAGCAUCAAGGACAGCACCAGGGCAAUCAUCAAGGAAUUAAUAGUGGAGAGCAUCAAGGACAACACCAGGGCUCCCAUCAGGGGCCGAUCAGCUCGGGCCAGCAACAGGGACAACAUCAGGGAAGCCAUCAAGGUAUUCACGGUGGAGAGCAUCAAGGACAACACCAAGGCUCCCAUCAGGGUCCGAUCAGCUCGGGCCAGCACCAGGGACAGCAUCAGGGCAGUCAUCAGGGUGCUAGCGGUGAACAUCAGGGACAACACCAGGGCUCACACGAAGGUCCCAUCAGCUCGGGUCAGCACCAGGGACAGCAUCAGGGCAGUCAUCAAGGAAUACACAGCGGACAGCAUCAGGGGGAGCAUCAACAUCAGCACCAGGGACCAGUUGGAGAAGGGCAACAUCAGACUAGCCAUCAAGGAAGCCACCAGGGCCUGUCGCAGGGAGAGUUCCAGGGUCAACAUCAGGGGCAGCACCAGAAACCGAUCAGCGGCAACAAGGAGGAGCACAACCUGCAGGUUCAAGUGUCCUGGGGACAGGGACAGCAGGGACAGGGACAACAAGGCCAAUCUCAAGGUCAAUCCCAAGGACAGUCUCAAGGACAGUCGCAAGGACAGUCUCAAUCCCAGGGGCAGUCUCAAGGCCAAUCCCAGGGACAACAGGGACAGUCUCAAGGCCAAUCCCAGGGACAGACACAUCGUCCACCGCAAGGAGGACCUACGACGGAACAACCUCCAGUCGAGUCUUCACCGAGUACACCGAUCCCUGGAUCGCCUGGAACCGCAAUUGGUGUGUAUCCACCGACAAAACCGAUCGAUACCAGCUCACCGCCUGGCUCGUCAUCGUCCUCGUCCUCAUCUCCGCCCCCAUCGAUGCCACCCUCGGGGCCACCGUCGUCUUCCGGUGGGGACAACUAUGCUCCACCUCCAAACUAUCAGAUAGCGGUAUCGCAAUAUCCGUACUUCUUUGUACCCUAUCCGUACGCACCGCCGAACGUGCCGCAGGCACCAUGCAACUGCCCAGCCGAUCAGCAGAACCAGCAGGGAGGCCAACAGCCAAACCAGCCGGCCGGCUACCUCGGCUUCAUUCCCGUCCUGUACAUCCCGAACUGUCACGCCCAGAAGAGUGGACUGCCGGCCAACUUCAACUGGCCGGCACCGCCACCACCGGAAGGGUUCGGCCAGUCACUGGACGAGCUGCCGGCCCAGCGACUCUUUCAGAAACCAGACGGUAGCUGGGUACUGCAGCGGGCCCGCAACCGCUCUCGCCGGCUGCGUGCCCGACGUCCCGCUGCCCGGCGAAUCAUCACCGACCAGGAAUAUCCUACGAAGAAGUAGAGUCGAUUGAGGAAAAGACGCAGCAGUUUGCAUGGAAGAGAAAAAAAAAAAAUACUCAUUUUAUAUUAAGUUUCAUCUGCCCUUUAGUAUACUACACUCAUUCAUUCGCUCCCCAACACAAGCAACCCGGUCCCGCAUUUGGGUUCGAGAAAAAAGCGAUAUUUAUGGAAGCAAAAGACAGUGUGUUUUCGAUGUUUAAGGAUGCAUUCAUUUUCCUCUUGCCACUGUGAUUAGAUUUAUUCAUCAAACGAACGCGCAAAGUAUACUGCGAAAGCAUCGCUAUAGCGAAAUGGAGAGCUUCCCGUGUGUAUUCGAGUAGGAUGUGGGAAGGAAGUAGCUGCCUGCCUUGCGUGUUCCGUAGGAAAAGGGUUGCCGUGGAGGACGAAAACGGCAAAAGACAGCAAAUGCAAGAGUGUAUGUGUGCCGUGUGUUUAACGCACAGUAAAAGCACAUCCCUCUCGUCUACGCUAGUUAAUCGUAACUUAUUUAAGAUAGCACGAGAAAAAAAAAGUUUGAGCACAAAUUGAAUAAAAGUGUUUUGAUGCAUAAAUGUAAA